AUGGGCAAGAAUCAUCAGUCACUUAGACUUGGAGAAUGCAAAAAGCAAUUGGUACCCACAACAGAUCCUGCAGCCUGUUUAAGGACACUGCCUACACUAGUCAGCUUACUAUUAUCAGUCGCUUCUGUAGGAUUUUGUUUGUUAUUAAAUGUUAAAAUGGCAGCUUUACAAGACAAAAUAAAGCUAUUGGAAAAUCAAAACGGAAGCAAUUCAUUGCAAGCAGCGCGAGACAAUGCAGAUUUGUUGUUUGUGCUACAGAAAAGGAUCGACAAACUUCAGGAGGAGUUAACUAGCACAGUUGGGAAAAUAAGGACAAUUCGAGAAGUUUCAUCUGAAUGUCUUUGUCCACCAGGUCCCCCAGGGAAGCGAGGCAAAACAGGAAGAAGAGGAGCCACUGGAUUCCCUGUAAGUGUGAUGGAUGCUACGGAAUUGAUUGGGUCUACUGAGUUAAGGAACCUCAUCUCCUUUGUCUAUGGAGAACCAGGAAGAGAUGGCUAUCCGGGCCCUCUUGGAUUGGAUGGAAAGCCAGGCCUUCCUGGAUCAAAAGGAGAAAAGGGUGAUCAAGGUUACGCUGGACCUGCUGGUCCUCCGGGCCCAACAGGUUCUUCAGGAGUCUCAGGAAAAGAUGGCCCACGUGGAUUUCCAGGAGCUCCCGGUGAACCUGGGAUGAAAGGUGAAAGUGGAACUCCAGGAUUAAAUGGUAUAGUGGGUCGUAAAGGAGACUUGGGACUGCCGGGAAUUCCAGGACAGAAAGGCGACAAAGGAGAAACUGGUUCACUUGGUCCACCAGGGGAACAGGGUUUGAAUGGUGAUAAAGGUGAAAAGGGUGAUGCUGGUGUAAAAGGUGAUAGAGGAUUCCCUGGUGUACAGGGAACUCCUGGUUCCAUGGGUCUUGCAGGUCUCCCUGGUCAAAAGGGAGAAAAGGGAAAACCAGGUGAACCGGGAUUAGAUGGCUUUCCAGGACCCAGAGGACAAAAGGGGAACAGAGGUGAAAAAGGAGACAAGGGUGAAAGAAGUCAUCCAGGAAAAAGAGGGCCUAAGGGACAGAAGGGAGAUCAAGGCCCUCCUGGAUUAGACCAACCUUGUCCAGUGCGAGUGUCUCCCGCCGCCCCGAGUAGCGGGCGAGGGGGUCCUGUCAAACCGCCAUCGGGCUCGAGCUGA